GCAUUUCUAGCUCACCGAAGCAACCGCGGUUGUCUGGCGACUGUCCUCAUCCACCAAAAAGCCCUUCGAGUCUUUGUAGCAACAUUCACGUAUUAGGCUCCGUGCAGUGUGACGGUAUUGCUGUGCGUGCAUUGCUGGGAGGUUGUGAUGAUGAGUUUCGCACAUUGUUGGCGCUGCUUACAAGAAGGGGUGUGCCGUAAUUUUUGCACAGCGCGAUUUCGCUCUCCUUGACUUCAAGAAUAUGAUGCUGGUGGUUGUGGCGUUGUGCAUGUUACAGCCGUCGGAGCGACUACUAAAGUACUAGUAUCAAACAACACGCGAGCGCUCUUGUGAAGGUGAAACGCGCUUCCAGCAUGUCGCGGGCCAUUACAGGCUGUACGUGCAUGUAUUUACAGCACCAACACAGCGAGCUCUCUAUUCGAGGGCACGCACGAUUUGCUCGGUCGCUGCUGUUGAAGAUCAUCGGGUGUUUCCGAGCCGCGGCAAGCAGCAAACUUGAGAGGCUGCUGGAGGUGGUGCUGCGUGCGACGGCGCUUCGACUAACUCCAGGCAGUGUAAGCCUUACGUGUAGAUAUUUUUCGGUGGCGAGUCACAAGUUUUUUCUUGACAGGCGCUGGACUUCGCCUGACCGGAUCCAGCUCCAUCUUGCCGCCGUUGUCUUCUAGAUAUGGGUAUCACGAAGUCUUCACUUCUAUAUGAACCUGCACUGCAAGUCUGCAGCCGUGCAUGUGAAACAAGAGUGUUUACAGAAUGUUAAUACAUGGUCAUUUACAGAG